UUGAGCCUUUCUGCGGUUAUCGCGGGCAAGGUGUUCUGUGUUCACGGUGGUCUGUCACCGUCAAUCCAGAAUCUGGAUCAAAUUAGGACAAUCGAUAGGAAACAAGAGGUACCACAUGAUGGACCAAUGUGUGAUUUGCUAUGGUCCGAUCCAGAAGAUAGCAUUGGCUGGGGUGUGAGUCCGCGUGGCGCUGGCUACUUAUUUGGUUCCGAUGUUGUUAAGGUCAGUUAUUUAUUGUUGAUGUUAUUUUUUGUCUCUGAACUUUAUUCCUGUAUGACCACCAUCUAAUC